GGCGCCAUGGAGCAGUGGCGGCAGUGCGGCCGCUGGCUCAUCGACUGCAAGGUCCUGCCGCCCAACCACCGGGUCGUGUGGCCCUCGGCCGUGGUCUUCGACCUGGCCCAGGCGCUGCGCGACGGCGUCCUCCUGUGCCAGCUGCUGCACAACCUCUCCCCCGGCUCCAUCGACCUCAAGGACGUCAACUUCCGGCCGCAGAUGUCCCAGUUCCUGUGUUUGAAGAACAUUCGCACCUUCCUUAAAGUCUGCCACGACAAAUUUGGACUCAGGAACAGCGAGCUGUUUGACCCCUUCGACCUCUUUGAUGUCCGAGACUUUGGGAAGGUCAUCUCGGCCGUGUCGAGGCUCUCCCUGCACAACUUGGCUCAGACCAAAGGGAUCAGGCCCUUCCCCUCGGAGGAGACCGCGGAGAAUGACGAUGACGUCUACCGCAGCCUGGAGGAACUGGCAGAUGAGCAUGACGUGGGGGAGGACAUCUACGACUGCGUCCCGUGCGAGGAUGAAGGGGACGACAUUUAUGAGGACAUCAUCAAGGUGGAAGUGCAGCAGCCCAUGAAAAUGGGCAUGACGGAGGACGACAAGAGAAGCUGCUGCCUGCUGGAGAUCCAGGAGACGGAAGCCAAGUACUACCGGACCCUGGAGGACAUCGAGAAGAACUACGUGACCCCUCUGAGGCUCGUGCUGAGCCCGGCGGACAUGGCGGCCAUCUUCAUCAACCUGGAGGACCUAAUUAAGGUGCAUCACAGCUUCCUGAGGGCCAUCGACGUGUCCAUGAUGGCGGGGGGCAGCUCGCUGGCCAAGGUCUUCCUGGACUUCAAGGAAAGGCUCCUGAUCUACGGGGAGUACUGCAGCUGCAUGGAGCACGCGCAGAGCACGCUGAGCCAGCUGCUGGCCGGCAGGGAGGACUUCAGACAGAAAGUCGAGGAAUGCACCCUGAAGGUCCAAGACGGGAAGUUCAAGCUGCAGGACCUGCUGGUGGUCCCCAUGCAGAGGGUGCUCAAAUACCACCUGCUCCUCAAGGAACUUCUGAGCCAUUCCACCGACCGGCCCGAGAGGCAGCAGCUCAAAGAAGCGCUGGAGGCCAUGCAGGACCUGGCGAUGUACAUCAACGAAGUCAAACGGGACAAAGAGACCCUGAAGAAAAUCGGCGAGUUUCAGAGUUCCAUAGAGAACCUGCAAGUGAAACUGGAGGAAUUUGGGAGACCAAAGAUCGAUGGGGAGCUGAAGGUCCGGUCCAUAGUGAACCACACCAAGCAAGACAGGUACCUGUUCCUGUUUGACAAGGCGGUCAUUGUGUGCAAGAGGCGCGGCGACAGCUACGAGCUGAAGGAGAUCAUCGAGCUGCUUUUUCACAAGAUGACCGACGACCCCAUGAACAACAAGGAUGUCAAGAAGUCUCACGGGAAAAUGUGGUCCUACGGGUUCUAUCUAAUUCACCUUCAAGGCAAGCAAGGCUUCCAGUUUUUCUGCAAGACGGAAGACAUGAAGAGGAAGUGGACGGAACAGCUUGAGAUGGCCAUGUCAAACAUCAAGCCCGACAAAGCCACCGCCAACCAGCACAGCUUCCAGAUGUACACGUUUGACAAGACCACCAACUGCAGAGCGUGCAGGAUGUUCCUCAGAGGCACCUUCUACCAGGGUUACCUGUGCACCAAGUGUGGCGUCGGGGCACACAAGGAGUGCCUGGAGGUGACCCCUCCCUGCAAGAUCAGUUCUCCUGCAGACCUGGACACUUCUGGAGCGGGACCAGGUCCCAAGAUGGUGGCCGUGCAGAAUUACCAUGGCAACCCUGCUCCCCCCGGGAAGCCGGUGCUGACCUUCCAGACGGGUGAUGUGAUUGAGCUACUGAGAGGCGACCCUGAGUCUCAGUGGUGGGAGGGUCGGUUGGUGCAAACCAGGAAGUCAGGUUACUUCCCUAGCUCGUCUGUGAAGCCCUGUCCAGUGGAUGGAAGGCCGCCCAUCAGCCGGCCGCCGUCCCGGGAUAUGGACUACACCGCAUACCCCUGGUUUGCCGGCAACAUGGAACGGCAGCAGACCGACAACCUGCUCAAAUCCCACGCCAGCGGGACCUACCUAAUCAGGGAGCGGCCGGCGGAGGCCGAGCGCUUUGCCAUAAGCAUCAAAUUCAACGACGAGGUGAAACACAUCAAGGUGGUGGAGAAGGACAGCUGGGUGCACAUCACCGAAGCCAAGAAAUUUGAAAGCCUCUCAGAGUUGGUAGAGUACUACCAGUGCCACUCGCUCAAGGAGAGCUUCAAGCAGCUGGACACCACGCUCAAGUACCCCUACAAGUCACGGGAACGCGUGGCCUCUAGGGCCUCCAGCCGGUCCCCAGCUUCCUGCGCUUCCUACAACUUUUCUUUUCUCAGUCCUCAGGGCUUCAGCCUUGCUUCUCAGGGCUCCUCCGUGCCCUUCUGGCCAGUGUUUACGCCCCGCGUCAUCGGCACGGCCGUGGCCAGGUACAACUUCGCUGCCCGGGACCUGCGGGAGCUCUCGCUGCGAGAAGGCGACGUGGUGAAGAUCUACAGCCGCAUCGGUGGGGACCAGGGCUGGUGGAAGGGCGAGACCAACGGCCGGAUUGGCUGGUUUCCUUCAACGUACGUAGAAGAAGAGGGCAUCCAGUGACAGCAAGAACGCGGACAGGACUCGCCGAUUUUCUUGGAAGAGUCGCUCCGGUGCUGAAGCCUGUCUCCAGCUCUGAGACUCAGAGGGGAAAUGCCCGCCAACCUUCCAGUCUUCAACAGCCCGUGGGGAUGGGGAGGGUGUUGA